GACUGCUGUUUCAACUCCUAGCAAAAUCGAGGGCUGCUGUGAUUUGUGCCAUUCGACUUUCGACCCUCGCCAGUAGGGUGAAUGCAACCAGUGUGAGAUCAGCUAUUCCCGGGACUAGAACUGGAACCGAGACUUCUGGUGCAAGUUGACAAACAGGACGAGUGUGCGGGCAGUGUGAUGCAAUUUUGAAUAACAUUUAUUAUUAUCGUUAUUAGAUUUUAUUGGUGCGUGAUUUGUUGCGAAAAGGGGAGAAUUUCCGAUGACAAAAAGCGACGAGUGGUGUUAAGUGAUUGUUAUGAGGCUUUUGUUCGGAAGUGUUUCUUGUGGGAAAUCAGUUUGAAUUGGUUUGUGUUUCAGGAUGUCCACCGCUUUCAUGGUUGACAGUAUCCUGCAGGAAAAGGAUGUAGGGCACUGUUCCCUCAAUCGUCUGCAUUCGUCGAGUAGGAUCAGUGCCGGUGGAGACUCGUCAAUUGCGUCCGUGUCCGGCUCGGACAGCGAGUUUGAGGAACACGUGUCCGAUCUGAAGGAUUCCAACAGUUUGUGUGAUUCUCCGAAGAGUUUCAACAGCUGCAUGAAUGUGAACAAUUCGUCCUUCUCCGACGAUGAGCUGGGUCCGACGACAACGACGGUCCUUCGGUCCUACAACGGUCCCAGUGCGAACGAUGAAAACAAUAUGCUGAUGGAUUAUUGCUGUGGCAAGUGUGGCCACUAUCAGUCGGAACCGAACCCGGUGGUCCGGAAUGGUGCGCACGAGAAGAAUAGCUUCUCCAGUGAGGGUGAUUAUGUGUUUCGGUGUCAGAAGUGUGGUUUUAGCGAAUUUAUUGCCUCCAAGCGGACCAUACUGAAAGAGGCGACCAAGCCAGUGCUCAAGUUUAGCGUAUCGGCGAUCCUGGGUGAUAAGAAGGAGUGCGUGAAAGUGCGGAAUGAAUUUAUCCAACCUCAACAUCUUUGGCCUUAUAUUCAACAAAACCUUAUUCAACAGAACCAUUUAGUGAAUCCUGCGUUUUUCACCAACCACUUCCCGCCCCAUCACCCCCAUCAACAACAACCACAGUCUCCUCAUCAUACGCAUCAUCUAGUCAACGGAGGAAGUCCAACCGCGGGCAACAAUAACAACAACAACAACAACAGUAGCAGCAGUAACAACAACCACAACAAUAGCAGCAACGGUAGUAAUUGCAAUAGCAAUAAUAGCUGUAGUAACACCACUAGCGAAGCUGGCAGCUUACCAAACAGUCCGGACCUACAAGAUGAUGGUUCUCGUCUCCAGCAGCAAUCAGCAGCACAGCAGCCUCGAGAUAAUAAAAUCAUUGCGAAACCACUCCCAAGCCGGCCGAUGCCUUUCCUGCAGCAUGGACUGAACCAUCCUCAUCUUCACUCGCUGCUUGCCCACUGCCGGAAUCCUUAUCUACCGGGUGGUCCGCAAGUGUUCCCACUGCCGCCGGGACAGGGAUUUCCAUGGGCGCACUCGACACGAGGGAAACCCCGACGGGGGAUGAUGCGGCGGGCGGUGUUUUCUGACUCUCAACGAAAAGGACUCGAGAAACGGUUUCAGCUGCAAAAGUACAUCAGCAAACCAGACCGAAAGAAGCUAGCCGAACGACUUGGUCUCAAGGAUUCCCAGGUUAAAAUAUGGUUCCAGAACCGUCGCAUGAAGUGGCGUAAUUCGAAAGAACGCGAACUUCUUGCCAGCGGAGGAUCCCGCGAUCAAACACUACCAAACAAGAACAACCCAAAUCCGGAUCUGUCGGAUGCACGUGGAGAUCGGGCCCAUUCACUAUCACCACCCUUAUCCCCACCCCCAGCACUAUCAGACCAACAGUCACCACAGCAGCAGCCGCAGCAGCAGCAGCAGCAACAACAACAAACGCACUCUCCCAUGCAGCAGCAAUCAUCACCGCCAUCAAUGAAAGCCGCUCUCGUAGUAGGCGCGGAAAAAACAGCAGCACUGAUAAACUUCAAAACAAAAUUUGACCUGGCGAAACCGUCGACCAUCGGCGUUGAGUUCAAGUACGAGUUUGAUGACAUCAGCGGUGCCGGUGGAUCGACCAACGGUCCCCAUCAUCAACAGCAACAACAUCAGCAACAACAGCAGCAACAACAGCAUCAACAGCAGCAACCGAGGCCACCGUUGAUGAACAGUUUCUAUGCUAAUGCGGAUCGUGAUCGUGAAAUGCUGCUGGGUGGAGUUGGUGGCGGCGCCGCGUUCGCUAAUCGUACUAAUAGCUGCUCCUCCUCUGACAACAUGUCGUCCGGGAUGUACUACGACGAGUACGAUAGCAAUUCGGACGAUUCUGACGAGGAGAUCAAUGUUACGUGACCUGAUAGUGAGGUGGACUCUAACUAGAGGAAGAAAUGCUUCCCAAACUGAAGUUGGUCGGUGUAGAUUUGGAAUUCUUAUUUCGUGAGCUCGUUUAGUUGAUAAGAAGAAGUAAGUCUUGUACAUUUGUAAAAGCAACUCGAACGGUUUUAAAGUAACCCUAAACAAGUAGUGUAUAGUUGAAAGUUGAGUCAGUGAGGCAUUUCGCACCUGUACAUAGUCAAUAACUCAUUCACUGGUUCUCUGAUUGGUGAAGAAAAAUCAUUAGCAUUUAGGAAGUUCUUAAUAUAUAACUAAUACACACACAAUUUUUCGUCUGGCGCUUGCGCGCAAGGACGUUCAAACAUAUAGGAAGAAACUUACCGAAUGUUAAUUGUACAUUUUCUACGGCGAAAAAUUGUAUCCGAACACUAAUAAAUUAAUUAACUUAUUAUGAAUAUUAAGCAGCGUCACUUUAAAAGAAGCAGAAAGACAUCUAGCCUAGCAGUCUAU